UAGUCCAUUCUUAUAUUUAAGAUCGUCUUAUCUUAUAAAUAUAAGAAUUAACUGUGAAUGCCGGCCAUAGUUUGCUCAAAAUUUCCGAAUCGCUAUUGCUAUAUUAUUUGCUAAUUUAUUAUUAUCGUUUGCUAUUACGUAUGCGUGCAUGAAAACGCGCACACCGCUGCAAUUGUGCUGAGUUGGAUGAGUUGCAAUACGUUGCGAUGUACAAAAAACGUUGUUGUAUAAAAUAUAAAUAUAUAUAUUAUUCAACCCAGCGAGUCGGAACGAGAUCGCGUAUUUUGACAGUUUAAACAGAAUUAAUAGCAGUGUCAAGUGAUUUUGUUCAUUUAAUGCGAGUUUAACAUGCUAUACCUUUGAAGAACAAAGAAAAUUAUACUUAUCUCGAGUUUACGACUACAAUUUUGAAUAACUGGCAUUUUAGAUCGAGAUUAUAGUUUUGUUCGAAUGUCAGAGUUAAUUCUUAGCACUCUUUGAUGAGGGGAUCCGAGACCGACAUGGCACAUUCUUCGCGAAUAUUGCCUUUAAAUCGCCUGCAAUGCGUCCAUGAUAUAUGCCCUCGCAGAAAAUCGAUUUAUCGCCGUGAUUUGACUUGCACAUUUAACUCGGCUUCGUCAGCGACAACACCUGCAUUCUGCAUUGCGCUGCAUUGUUCUAGCGACAGCAAGAGAUGACGAGAAAAAAUUAAGCCGGAUAAUGUUGAAUUAAAAGUUCACGCUUGUCGAUUCCUGUACAAACAAAAUAAGUUACGAUAACACGCCCACGUCAUUCUCUUAUAUCCCUUAACUAGUUUCAGUCACGUUUCGAGAGCGAAUAAGUCUCGACGAAAAUAUACUUGACCAUGGCAGCAUCGGUCCCGGACGUUCCGAGUGUCAAAGCGAAGGCGUUGCAACUCUUCGCCGAGAGAUUCAACGAGGAAGCCGCCGUCUGCGUUUACGCACCCGGUCGCGUCAAUCUCAUCGGCGAGCACACCGAUUAUAACGAGGGCUUCGUCUUGCCGAUGGCACUACCAAUGGUUACGGUGAUAGUCGGGAAAUCUCACGAUGGUCGAAGAACUAAAAUUAUUUCUUCGAGUGACGUAGUCGACACUACAAACGAGUUCGAAUUUGAAGCGGGCAAACGAGCUGAUAUAAAACCGGGAGAGCCAAAGUGGGCAAACUAUAUCAAAGGAUGCAUCGCCAAUUUUAUUUGUGACGUUCCUGCGUUUAAUGCCGUGAUUGUGUCAACUGUUCCUGCAGGAGCCGGUCUCAGCAGUUCAGCGGCUCUAGAAGUAGCGACAUAUACAUUUCUAGAGGCAUUGAGUGGGAAGAAACCGGAGAAGCCAGAAGAAAAGGCUCUGGCAUGUCAAAAAGCGGAGCACAACUUUGCUGGAGUACCUUGCGGUAUAAUGGAUCAAUUCAUCUCGACAAUGGGCAAGGAAGGCUGUGCUCUCCUACUCGACUGUCGAGAUCUCACCACUAAACAGAUACCUAUGGUACAUAUAGACAAUUAUGUUUUUCUCAUAACAAAUUCAAACGCGCCGCACAAGUUGAGCUCCAGCGCCUACUGCGAGCGCCGAGACUGUUGUUACGAAGCUGCUAAAAUGUUAGGCAAAAAGAGCCUGAGAGACGCGAAUAUGAACGAUAUCCUAGCUUUAUCACGGAAUAACGCGUCCGACUGUGUCGUGAGAAGAGCCCGUCACGUAGUCACGGAAAUUCAACGUACCCAAGACGCUGCGGUAGCGCUCGAAAAAGGCGACUUUCAGUUAUUCGGCCGAUUAAUGAACGAGAGUCAUGACUCGUUGCGCGACGAUUACGAGGUCUCGUCCAAGGAGCUCGAUUCGCUCGUCUCGGCGGCUAGAGAAGUGGACGGUGUGCUAGGAAGUCGUUUGACAGGCGCGGGUUUUGGUGGUUGCACUGUCACUUUGUUGAGAAAAAACGCGAUUAAUAAGGCGAUUCAACAUAUGAAAGCAAAGUACUCUGGCGUACCUGCAUUCUACAUAGCGACGCCGACCGGAGGUGCGCGAGAAAUCAGCGUCUAUUAAUUGAUGUUAAUAAUUUCUCAAAUAUACAUAUGUACACAUAUUUUACAAUGUCGUAUGUUAGCAAUUGUGAGAUAUUUUAAAAUAUAUAGUUGAUUAGUUUUCCAAAUG